ACUUCCGUUUCAGAGAGACGGAACCUAGCUUUACGGUCUUUGUAUGGGGGGGAAGAGGAUUUGCAAACACAGAGAGUAGGAGCAAGAGAUGGCGCGGGCAGGGAAGAGCGCAGUGGUGCUAUGCUUGGAUGUUGGGCUUGCAAUGAGUCACUCCAGUCAGGGAGAGGAGAGCCCAUUUGAGCAAGCAAAGAAAGUCCUGAUGUUGUUCCUCCAGAGACAGGUGUUUGCAGAGAACAAAGAUGAGAUUGCAUUGGUGCUGUUCGGGACAAAUGACACAAAUAAUGCGCUGGCUGAUAGGGAUCAGUAUCAGAACAUCACAGUGCAGCGGCAUCUCAUGCUACCGGACUUCGAUCUUCUAGAGGAGAUUCAGAAUGUUAUCCAGCCCGGUGAUGAGCAAGCCGACUUCCUCGAUGCCUUGAUUGUCUCCAUGGACAUUCUCCAGAAAGAAACAUUAGGGAAGAAGUACGAUAAACUGCUUAUUGCAGUGUUCACAGACCUCAGCAGUCCCUACAGUGAGGAUCAGUUACAGAUCAUUAUUGCCAACCUAAAGAAAGCGGGCAUCUCCCUACAGUUCUUCCUGCCUUUUGGCCUAGAUGAUGAGGAUGGAGGUGGGGACAGGGACCCGGGAAGAGGAAAUGUUGACAGGAGAGGAGGCCCUGGCAAAGGACUCUCUGACCAACAGAAAGAUGGAAUCCAGAUGGUGAGGAAGAUCAUGUUGUCUCUGGAGGGUGAAGAGGGUCUGGAUGAAGUUUACCCUUUCAGAGAAAGUCUGGAAAAACUUUCCAUCUUUAAGAAGAUUGAGAGAAGACCGAUGCCAUGGCCCUGCCUUCUAACCAUAGGUUCCAACCUUUCCAUACGUAUUGUGGGAUACAAAUGUGUGACACAGGAGAAAGUGAAAAAGUCAUGGGCUAAUGUAGAUGCUAAAACAUUGAAAAAAGACGAUGUUCAGAAGGAAACUGUGUUUUGUCUAAAUAAUGAUGAAGAAACAGAAGUCCAAAAAGACGAUACUAUUCAAGGGUACCGCUAUGGAAGUGACAUUAUACCAUUCUCAAAGGUGGAUCAAGAACAGAUGAAGUAUAAAACAGAGUCAAAAUGUUUCUCGAUUCUGGGAUUCACAAAGUCAUCACUGAUUGAGAGAACCCACUUUAUGGGCAGUCAAGUUGUGAAGAUUUUUGCACCAAAGGACGAUGAUGCUGCAGCUGUCGCACUGUCAGCUCUGAUUCAGGCUCUGGAAGAGCUGGAAAUGGUCGCCAUUGUACGGUACGCCUAUGAUAGAAGAUCUAACCCCCAGGUUGGCGUGGCCUUUCCUCACAUCAAAGAGAAAUACAAGUGUCUGGUGUAUGUCCAGCUGCCGUUCAUGGAGGACUUGAGGCAAUAUAUAUUUUCCUCCCUCAGCAAUAAUAAAAAGAUCAAGCCUACAGAUACACAGCUAUCUGCAGUGGACUCUUUGAUUGAUAACAUGAGUUUGGUUCACGAUGAUGGGGAUAGUGUGGAGGAUUUAUUCAAACCAAGCAAAAUCCCCAACCCUCAGUUCCAACGCUUAUUCCAGUGCCUGCAACACAAGGCCUUCAAUCCUGAUGACCCUCUCCCACCUAUAGACCAGCAUCUUUUAGACAUGCUGCAGACACCAGUAGAAGUUAAAGCAAAGUGCCAGGAUGCAUUAUCCAAGGUGAAGGCCUUAUUCCCACUGCAGAAAGCUGCCAAGAGGAAGGAACAGAAGACUGCCAAAGAUAUCUUCCAAGACCAAAAUGAGGAGCCCGAUUCCAAGAAGAUUAGGAGUGAAGAUGAUCAUUUCAGCAUCUCGCACUUGGCUGAAGGAAAUGUCACAACUGUGGGCAGUGUGAAUCCAGCUGACGACUUCCGUGCAUUGGUGAGACAGAAAACCACAAACAUCCAGGAUGUCACCAGUCAGCUGAUAAAACGUAUCUUUGAGUUUCUGGACACCAAACAGUCCCAGUAUUACAUGAAGAGUAUGAGCUGCAUAAAAUGUUUCCGGGAGGAGGCCAUAAAGUUGGCCCAUGUCGAGCUCUUCAAUGAUUUUCUCCAUUUGCUGAAAGAGAAGGUUGCAGCCACCACACUCAAGGAAUUCUGGGAAAUUGUUGUCCAAGAUCAAAUUUCUCUGAUAACAUGCAAGGAAUCAAAAGAUAGCCCAGUGACUCCUGACCAGGCCAAUCAGUUCUUGGCCCUACUUGAGAAGAAAGCAGAAGACACAACCGUGUUGGAAGAGGAGGGAGAUGUGGACGAUCUGCUGGACAUGAUGUAGCCGUGGUCACAUGGGCACAGAAGCUUGUACCGAGUAGUGGAAGACAAAGGACCAACAUGUAAAAUGUUUACAUUGCAUCUUGAUCUUCCUACAUUUUACUGGAAUAUUUUUUAUGAUGGAAUAUUGUUCUGGGUUUUGUAAAAUGUAGUGCACAGUUUGUAGAUGUUAUUGAAAUGAUUGCACUAGCAGAAAUUGUUCAUUGAAGAACCUUUUGACAGUGUAGCUAGUUUAUUUUAAACUAAAGUAAGUGCUAAAUAAAAAGUUUUUUUUGAGAAAAAGCUCAUCCAUUUACCUAGGAUUACCCCACAUAACUGCUCACUCAAUAUCUAAUGGAUUCAACUCAUACUGUAGAUGCUGAAGUAAGGUGGGCAGGGGCAGCCGUACUCUGCUUAGUAGAUCACGAUUAGCCACAAUAUCUGUGGGUAGAGCGAGAAAAGCCACCAAUGCUCUGGGGGUACAUGCAUAGAGAAUGGGGUUAGGGAGAGUGGAGCAAUGGCCAGUUCAACGCAAAAAGCCUGAGUUAAGUGAUUUACAUAUUCUAUGCACUGUGGAUCCUGGGCAAUUGCCUAUAUUACUGUUUCGGCAUUUCCAUUCAUUUAAGUAUAAAAAUAAAAACCUUGCCGUCGUACAGGAGCAGAUCUUUGUAUUAGCAAACAAGGCUAUGUUAUGCAAUUAACUUAAGUACAGUGAAUUCUUAAUUGUUAGAAUAAGGCACAUAGAAUGUGCUAAGAACAUGAGCACUUUCAGCCACUGUACUUUGCACUAUAGAUGUCUACUUGUGUAGCUUUACUGCUCCUCUGUCCAUGUUAUCUGCAGACUGUACGAGAACCAUCAUCAGUUUCUUCCAUAUUUCAGUCUGCACACACUGUAGGAAGCCUUUUAUCCAGAUAUAUGGAUGCCAAUGUUUUAUAAAUCACGUCAUGACAUUAAUGUUCCCCUUUCUUUGGUAUCUUCCCUAAGUAAUCUAUAUUCAUCUAUAAUCUAUAGUCACAAUACUCAUUGUUGAAUGUAUGUGCAUUUUAUUAACUAAUACAGCUCUCCACCAAAAUCCGUCUGCAUUCUUUGAUAAACAUGUUGGACUUAUUUUGCCCAAAUUCAAGCAGUGCCUUUAAACUUGUGUCUUUAGUGAAUAUACAUAUAUAUGGAAGGUGAUAAUCGUCUAUCUUCAUUGAAAUUAUAUUGCUUACCUUAAGGGGCUGGAAUUACUCCUGGUACAUGAAAUAGUCUGCUGCUGCUGCAGCAUGUUGUGAGAAUCUGGUACGUCUUGCCAACAUUUGUAGCACUCAUUGUUCUUCCAGUUAGCAGGAUUUCUCCAUGGUUACAUUUAUUGCUCAGGACUGACAGAUAUUCAGAAGUCCUCUUUGAAGUAUUGGAGUCAAAUCAGUUAUGUAUGGUACCCAGCAUAAUGAUGUUAAUUAGUGAACUAUUAUCCUGUGUUAUCAAACAUUGCAUAUAAAUCUUUCAUUGUGACUACUUUUGUAGAAAGCAACUUCCAUUUUAAGUAUAAUGGUCCUUCAUUGUUGAUUUCAUUCAUUUGUAGUGGCCGAAUUGGCAGCACUGUUUGGUUAAUAGCAAUGCCUGGAAGGAUUCAUUAAGUUAGGAAAACAACAGUAAAUUGUGCCAGGGUGUUGUUUCUGAAUAUUAUCAAUUUGCUAAAUAAAUCCCUUUCACAUAUAUUGUGUCAUUAGUGUACCCUGGUUUAUUGAUACUUCUCAAGCUGUUGCUGAGCUAGGCAGUAACAGUAAAGCUUCAUUCACGCAUGAGCCAGUAAUAUGUGGAUUUGAGGGCAUCCAAAUUAUUUAAUUUUAUGCCAGAUGUGUCAUUAAUUCAAAGCAGGCCGCAUAUUGAAUAUAUUGCAUUCUUGCCCAAUAAACCUUUUGUGAUACUCCA